AUGGUGGCAGUGGCGGCAGUGGUGGCGGUGGUUCUGGUGAUGGAAGUGGUGGCGGUGGUGGCGGUGAUGGCGGUGGUGGCGGCUCCUCAUUGCGUGGAGUUAAUACGAACAGUUGUGAAUUCAGUGGAUUUGGGGUCUUUGCAUCCCACAACUGCUGGAAUCAAAGCAGAUGCAAGGCCUCAUUCUUCGCCCUUUGGUAUCACAACCGCUAAUGCUGGCAGAAAUCUCAUCAAGUCAUCUUCAUCCAUAUGCGUUGUGAAUCCCAUCUUGUCCUUUGCGGAUCUCGAUCGAAUCUUCUUUCAAAAAAUUCUCGAGAAAGAAGACGACUUGAAGAAAGCGUUUAACAUAAUUGAUUCUGAGCAGACCCUGAGGGUGACAAAGAAUCAGCUGAGAAGGAUAAUUGAAGUCUACCUUCUGCCUCUCACCCGCAAGCAGUUUAAUGAAGUCCUGUCUCAGAUCCCGCUCACCAGCAAUGGGGAAGUGCCCUACCUGGAGUUCCUGGCCAGGUUUGGCAGGCUGAUCACAAAUGUGCACUCCCUAAAAAGGGUGACUGGGAAACAGUGUAACAUCAGGUCAUUGAAUCAACUUGAAUGCCUGUUAGGAGAAAAGAUUUUCAAGAAUGUGAAAAGCAUCACCAAGGCCUUUAAGCUCUUUGACUGCACUCAUUCCGGCCAGAUUCACCCCAACGGGCUGAGGCAAGUCCUGGAGAACUACUGCUUCAAGAUGAGGGAUGACGAAUUUGAGAAGCUCUGGAGUCGCUACAGCAUUGGGAAGGACACUGCCUUGGACUACAAUGCAUUCCUAAAGAACCUGGCCGUGAACAUUAACCUGAACCAGAAAUACAGCCUGGGCAACAAAGCUCAAGGCCCUCUUCCUCUUCCAACCCAACCCAUCCCUCUUGACACAGUCCCCUGGGCACCAGGCUCCAUGGGUCCUGACAUCCUGGAGUGUACGUGGAGGGUGAAACCAGAAAAUAAAUAUGUAUUCUCCUUCUCGUCAACAUCUGGAGAUGGUUGGGAAAACUCUUCUAUGGACGACAUUGAGGCAGCGUUCUUCAAAGAGUUUGGUGUGUCCACGACGAAUAUCGAGAAAGCCCUCAGUGCAUUUGACACCAACAAGAGAGGGUACCUGUCUCUGAAUCACUUAAACACUGUUGUUGACAACUUUAUAUUCCCAUUACCAAAAGGGAUCUUUCUGCAGCUACUGAAGAGAUUAGGAUUUAAAACCACCAGUAAAAUUGCUUGGAAGCAAUUUUUAAGAAAAUGUCAGGACUGUGCCUUAGUUGACAAUGGAUACAUGAUUCCCCUGAGGAAAAAGAAAAGAAUGUCUGGGGAAGAGCCCAUCUACAAGGAGAACAUUAUCAUGAAGCUUUGUAGGCACGUGGAAGACUUCUCCUCCUUGAAGAAGGCCUUCCAUAUGAUUAACCCGAAGCAGGACGGGAAGAUCACGGGGAAAGAACUGCGGCAGAUCCUGAACUGUGCCCUCUGGAAAGUCAACGACCUCGAAUACAAAGAGCUCAUGCAGAUCCUGGACCCAGCAGGCUCGGGCUGCGUCCACUACAUCACCCUCUUGUACCUGCUGGAAGAGGAGAGCUCCGCGCUUAGAAAAAAAAGACUGAAUGGAUUCAAAGAUGAAAAGACACCUCAAUUUCUAGCUUGGGAUUCAAUGGAAGAAGUCCUUCACGAUGCCAUUUCCAAGAACUUGCAAGGCUUCCAUACCUUGUUGAAGACCUAUGACAUUGGAGACUCGGGAGUCAUUAGUAGAAAUAAUUUAAAGAAAAUCUUACAAAUGGUCUGCCGCUAUUUGUCUGAUGAGCAUCUGACAAAACUCUGUGAUAAAUUCCAUGAUGCGACUUCAGGAGGAAUCCUUUACAAGAAACUUUUGGCCAGUAUUGGAAUCACCAGCCUGCCCCAAGACUCUCCAGUCACCGUCCAGAGCUUCCAGUCACUAAAUGGAACUUGUCGAAGAGAUGAUGUUUAUGAGAGGAGUAAGCAUGGUGACUAUAGAAAUGAGCCAAUGAAAAACAAGGCUCUUGAAGAAGUGAUCGAGAGCCUCAAGAACUGGAUUCAGCUGCAGGACACCGGCUUUCGGGACACCUUCCUCGAGUACAGCAAGCAUCCCCUGGAGAAGAUCAGCAAAGAGGAAUUUAGGAAGGUGCUGGAAGAUAACGGAAUGCCCAUGGAUGAUGAACAGUUUGGCCUGCUGGUUAAAAAAAUAGGAUAUAAAAACGAAGGACUGAGUUAUCUUGAUUUUGCAUCUGGAUUUGAAGCUUCAGAGGGGAAGCCUGGUGGACAAGAGCCCUCUGGGAUCCUGGCCGUGCCAACGGCUGCUACUCCAAAGGGUAGUUUUGAGAGUCAUUUUACAUCUGCUGAAGAAUGCCUGAAGAAUUUUCCCAAGAAGAUCAAAGAAAUCUACGGGGAUGCCUACUCUGCCUUUUACAAAACGGACACAAACCAUGACGGCAUCAUUAACAUGGUGGAGUUUAGAACAAUGUUGCAUCACGUGCUGAUCACCCUGAAAGAUGACGAGUUUAUGCGUCUACUUGAGUCGAUGAAUCUGAAGCCAGGCUUGACGCUAAAUUACCGGGAGUUUCGUAACUUGUGUGAGAAGAAACAGUUCAAAAAAGAUGACCCCCCACAAAGACUUAUCAGGCCCAAACUGAAGAACACAGAUUCAGAACUAGCUUGUGAUCAGGCUCAUAACUACCUUGUUUCAGAAGCAAGAAACAGAUGGUUCGACUUGUCUAAGAAUUUUCUAGAAACUGACAGCGAGGGCAACGGCAUUCUCCGACGACGGGAUAUACGGAAUUCUCUGUAUGGGUUUGACAUUCCCAUCACACCAAGGGAAUUUGAAAAGCUCUGGGCGAGAUAUGACACUGCUCAAAAAGGGUACGUUACUUACCAAGAAUUUUUGAACCGCUUGGGCAUUGAGUAUUCCCCUUCUAUCCAUCGGCCCUAUGCGGUAGAUCAUUUCAACUUCAUGGGCCACUUCACCAAGCCGGAGCCGAUACUGGAGGAGAGCAGGGAGCUGCAGCAGUACUUGGAGUCGGCCAGGCCGUUCAACUGGGGGAUCUCCUGUAACGACGAUAUCAUCUACUACCAUGAAUUUCUGAAAACUCUUGAUAACUUCAACCCCGUCAAGGCUCAUCCCAAGGAGAAGGAGGAGUGUCAGGCAGUGGGCUUCUCAACGCUGGCUCCCAACCAGGCCCUGAAGAAGAUGAAGGAAGUGGUCUCAGCAAACUACGAAGCUCUCUUCAAGGCAUUUGCUGCAUAUGAUAAAGAAGAUACGGGCAUAAUCAAAGCAUCAGAUUUUGCACAGGUCAUAAAAGAUUUAUGCUUUAAGCUCAAAGACUCUCAAUAUACUUAUGUGCUGAAGAAAUUAAGACUUCAUCUCCACACCCACAUAAAUUGGAAAUUUUUCCUCCGGAACUUCCCCUGUUUCUUUGAAGAGACUGCUGCUGAGUGGUCGGAUAAAAUGCAGAAAGCCUGUAGGCCCAAAUCUCUGAAGGACCAGUUCUUGAAAGACAUCCUGACGCGUAUCCGGGAUGUCGUGACGACCCGCUACCUGAACAUAUCCCAGGAAUUUUCUGAUAUUGAUUGUUCCAGAUCAAACUUGAUAUCCAGAGAAGACUUCCGAAGCAUCUGCAAUCGUUACUUCCAGAUUUUGAAUGAUGAACAAUUCGAGAGCCUGUGGAACGAGCUGCCCCUCCACAGCGAGGGGAGGCUCAAGUACCUGGACUUCUUAAACAAGUUCAACAUGGAGAAAGCUCUGAGCCCCCCGGCCACGGCGGAUUCGGCGAAAACCCAGCGAUCGCGGGGCAACAGUCCGGAGGCCGCGGCAGUGACCGCAGCGCCGGGGACCGCGCCCCCGACCGCAGGCGGCUCCGCCCCGGGGGCCGCGCCGCGCCCCCAGACUGGUCACGAAACUGUUCCAGCGACCGCUGGCUCCACAGCUUCCCGGGCCUGGCUCCCUCUCUUGCAGAACUGUGAGGCGAUUGAAGCAAAGCUGAGGAAGAGGAUCCAGGGUUGCUGGAAGGAGAUGCUGAAAGAGUGUAAGGAGAAGGACGUCGACAAACACGCAGAAAUCACCGUGGCCGAAUUCCAAGCUCUGGCAGACAAGUACAACCUGGAGAUCGGCAAGGAAGAGUGCCAGCAUCUCAUCACCAAGUAUGAUCUGAAGAACAAUGGAAAGUUUGCGUACUGCGACUUCUUCCAGAGCUGUGUCCUCCUCUUAAAGGCGAAGGAGACCUCGCUGAUGCAGAGGAUGAAAAUCCAGCAGGUCUACAUGAUGAAAGGUUCAGGAACUCAGAGCGCUUCCUUUUAUGCGGCUUUGCUGAGAAUCCAGCCCAAAAUUCUCCACUGCUGGAGACCCAUGCGGCGCACUUUCAAAAGCUAUGAUGAAGCUGGGACCGGCCUCUUAAGCAUAGCUGACUUCAGGAAGGUUCUGCGGCAAUAUGGAAUCAAUUUGUCUGAAGAGGAGUUCUUUCAUAUUUUGGAAUAUUACGAUAAAACUUUGUCUUCAAAAAUCCCUUAUAAUGAUUUCUUACGAGCAUUUCUUCAGUAGAUGACGAUGUGGGCUCCCCUGCAAGUGCCAGCUAGUGCAGGAGGUGGUGAGCUCCACAAGAGAAUGGACGUGGAUGCUA